CCCCCCACGACGCGACCAAGCUUCAGCUGCAUCUGUCGGUGCCCGCUAUAUCUCUUCUGGUCACUUAUCCGCAAGCUGCAUAUCUAGGGAAACUGUAUGGCUUAAGGCCCACUUCGCUUUGAGGGGGUAGCUUCUUUCUCUGCUCUCACCUAAAUUGACCUAUUCGAAUUUGAGCCUUCUGUGGUAGCUCUGGUAUGGCUUUCGCAUGAGUGUACAAGACCACUUGCCGCCUUUGCUCGAGGCCGAUAGGCUGACUUCGAUCUUGAGGGUUCUUGCCGUAACACAAGCGCAAUGGACGACAUGGUGUGCGUCGGAUUCUACAGACGUUCAAGCACUCACGCGCAUCGAGAUAGACCUACGCAGCCAGGGAGCUCUUGUGAAGCGGAUCGGACAGGAGCUGUGGCACUUUGUCCUCUCAGAGGAUGACAAGGACACUAAGCAAAGCCGGCUAUCGACACAGCCGCUUAAAGAAAUCGGUCAAGAGCAACGUCUUGAUCUGUCUGAGGUCGGGUUCUCAACUGCAGACAUGAGCAAUGCCACAGAUCUCUUCAUUGCGCUCAGGAUACUCAAGGAGGCCCUCGUCUUGCAGUUGACAUAUCGCUGUGCCAAGGCUGGCUUCGUACCACUCGGGCCAUGUCUCUUGUCGCCUCUCCCAGAACUGACUGAGCACAGUUUUGACGAGAACUUGUGCCUGAAGCCGCUGCCCAACGGCAGGUAUCCCGGCCCACAGCGUCAGUGCAUUAUGAGUCUGCAUUUGGCAGUGAGUGGCGACCUGACUCUUGCUCUGGCAAAGACUGACGUCCAACUCAUUGCACUGGAUAUGCACUCGAAGCAACUGGAAGCCGGCGACCCGGUUUAUCUGGCUCCGUCAGGUCACAAAGCAACCUUGGUUGAGUACAGUUUUGAGCUGAGUAGUGAGGCUUACCGGUUGCAAUUGACCAAGCUGAUUGGUUUUCAGCUUCUUGAUACAAGCCGCUGGGUCAGGGUCCAUCUAGGCGACGAGAGCUUUCUAUGGCCGUCGGCAUUGACGUUUGUGCCAUACACUGCACUGCAAGUGAAGCCACCUCCUGAGUCCUGGUUCGGACUCAAGGAUACUUGGCUAGCGCAAUGCAAAUCAGAUAUGGAGCGCAAAGUGCAGAAACAGAAGGAAAUGGACGCCAAUGAAAGUACAGACAAUCUGAUGCCUGAUGCGACAGUAGAGCCAGCAGUUUCCGAGCAACGCCCUGCCUCUGCACAGAAGCCUGGAAGCAAAGACGACUCACAUCAUGUCUAUCCAACUCCUCCAGAUGCAACGCCUGGUCCCUUUCUCAAAAAGGCUAGCCACGAUUCAGAUGAUGAAGACAUGCACGUCACGGAUGCCGACUUUAGCUUUUUCGACCGAAAUAGUCCAGAGGUCAUCAUGCAAGAAAUCGAAAGCAUCAAUCAUCUACCCACACCGAUGGAGACAGACAUGAGGACACAAGCACCUGUGUCAGCGCAACCAACUGAACCUCCGACUGCGAGCUUUGAUAUGAUCACACCAGCCUCACAGUUUGGAGCAACGCCCAAUAUUGUUGCGUGUGAGGCAGACAAAGCUGCUGCUAGCGUCCGAGAAGUGUAUCGGCGCUAUCGACAACCGGUUCCAUCCCACUUUACGCCAAUGUCCUUGGCGCAACAACACAAUCACUAUGGCCCCGGCGGUAAAUACUAUGCCGGCUCGUCUGCGUCCAGUGCCGAUAAUGCUCCUUCAAGCGACGAAGAGAUGACUGAUGAUGCCUAUGAUCGAGAACGUGCAACAUCGAGCGGUCACGUCAAGGCACUGCUGGAUGAUCUUGUAUCCGAGGCAGAAUUUGAUCCGCCACCGCCCAAUAUACCCUGGCACUUGGUGUCACCGCGAAUUGCCUCGAACCCAAUCAAAUCGACCCAUCUCAGUUUACGGUCGCAAUUGGAGAAGCUCGCGUUGCCAACGAAAGAGGAAGCAGACCUGAUUGACUUGGUUGGCUCGCUUUUGUGUGGUCCCAAUAUCGCCGGGUUCCGGGAAACCUCAAUUUUGCCAGCAGCUUCAUUUAAUACCGAUCUAUAUGACCUUGACUGGUUCAGCGACUCGGAUAUGGAGAAUGUUAUUUCCUGCUGCAAGAGCACAUUUGGACAGGCGCCUAUGCAACUGAAGCUGGACGAUGUAGCGACUAUCUAUGAAGACCCAAAGAGCAGCAACGCUUUCAAGCCAAAGAAUUCUCAGCGCAAGAAUCAUCCAGCAGGAUUGGCAAGCCAUGUGACAUUACUUCGAGAGCCCAGAGUGCUGCUAUCGCGAGCGCAUAUCGAUGAAAAGACACACAAAGAAAUUAUGGAGGACUAUGAGAUGUCUACAUCAGCCAUCCGUCUCUGGUACACGGCGCAGCUAUCUCCGCUGGAUGGACCUAAGGAUGCAGUGCACUACGUGUUUUAUCCCGAAGGAGAAUUGCUUGAGCAUGCUGCAUUUCGCUAUCUUGAUGAUUUGCGGGCGCUUUAUUAUGGCUGUAAUCUAGGACAGUUCCUAUAUGAGGACAAGGUGGAAGAUUCUUAUCUUCCGUUCCGUCUGGAUGACAACUCAAGCAGUCUAUCUAACGGUUUCAACAAGAUCCAAAAGUAUUGGCAAAAAGACACCAAGACGGGACAUUCAGCAGAAUGUCUUAAUAUUGUGCUACAUUUCUUCAAUCCAUUCGAGCUGUCAGAUCUAGCCUUCCUGUCAUUUCUUAAUAUGGUCACCAAGUACAAGAAGAAGAGCAUAUUCAUGCACGUUGCUCUCCAAGUUGUUGAUGUGGACCAGGUUUGCAAAGUGGACGGGUUCAAAGCUCUACGCAUAAAAGAAUGUGUCGCUCUAUGCUUGCAAGUCUACAAUCGUUGUCAGCUUACCGCCACCGACAGCGAUCCAAAGCUCUACGCGCCGGCAUACCAAUUAGCCCAACCUGGCAUCGAGUCUCUCAAAAAGUUCCACCACACUGUCGAGGACUAUCCCUCCAUCUUGGAUGACGGGAGUCCCUUCCAUGUUGCUUAUGCCUGCACGCCAGGGCAGCCAUGGGUAACGGUCGCGUGGUCCGAUUCUCAAGGCCAGGCAUUUCGUGCGCGGCAGUAUCGACUCCGUACAGAUGCUGCAAAACCAGCGACAGCCAGCGAGUAUGCUUCUAUUGCUGCUGUCUUUGUUGAUAUCUGGCACCAUACGAUGGAACUCAUCUCUGUAUUUCCGAUUGCUUGGCACCUGGUGGUGACGAAAGUCGGGAAGCGUAUAUCCUUAGACGAGAUCAAUGCAUGGCUGCGCAUGGUAGCGCUGGAAAAGGGCAAAAACAAGUUCCGCAUCUCUGUGACGAGUAUUGAUCUUGAACCAGCGAUGCUCGUUCAACCACCGCUGCUGGCCUAUCUGCAAAAGAUCGCCAGAGAGGAACAUGACGCGCUACAAGGCAUGACUGAGGAGCAGCAAAAGGAGCACAUUCUAGAAAGGAUUAAACCUCAGACACCAAAAGAUGAGCCGCUUGCGACUGCAUUAGAAAGGCCGAUUGGGGACUUUGAUGACCCGUCCGAGAAGGUCUUCGCCAUCAAGCUCUCCAAGUUCCAGAUUGGGCCAUCCAAUCUUGCGGAUCCACAACCACUCGCAUCCGCAUAUUUGGUCAAAGCUCCCGGGUUGAAUGUGACGCAAUCCGCCUCAUCUGUGCUUCUGAGUGUGUUCCACUUGGAUGGACGAUGUUCAGUUGAUGAGCUGCUGCAGGAGAUGCGCAACCUUGCCACUCUUGCACACGUUGGAGGCUUCACGUACCAAGGGGGGAUUGUGCCGCGACACAUUAUGCACGCCGCAAUGAUGCAUACAUCACUGAAUGGUUACAAACCCUAGCGACGUACAAUCGAUACUAUUAGUCUCAUCUAGCUAAUCCCAAGUCCAGU